AUGGCCCCCAGCUGUCCAUCCCUGACAGCUCCUGGCCCUCCUCGGGCACAAGCUGGGGGUCUCCUCGGCCCGGAGUCGGGCCUGCGCGUCGCCAGCUCCUCCAGGAACCCAACUACUGCAGGCCGCGCCCCCCACUCCCAUCCCACCGAGGCCCCCUUCCGGCGUCGCCUAGAGCGAGCUCAGUCUCUAGCUCCCCCGACCAGGGACUUACGGGGACGGUGGGACAGACGCCACGCUCAAGUCCCCUCCCGCAGCCGGGCUGCCCGGGCCCGCGCGCGCACAACAGGCGGCACCCAGGAAUUCGGGACUCAAGAGCUGGCCCCGCCGCCCGGGCACAGCAACGGGGCAGGCUGCCCGAGUCUCUGCGCCUUCCUCGCUGCCCGGCUCGGCUGCCCCGAGGCCCCGUCCUCCCUUCCUGGCGUGGGCGAGCUCCGACUCGCCGAGAAGCGACCUUCCUUCCAGUCCGGUGCCCGACGCCCAGAGCUGAGAGAGCGAGGAGAAGGAGAAGAAAGACGCGAAGAAGGGGACACCGCCUGGGCUGGGGCUCGCGACUUCCAGAAGCCCUCCCGAGGUCCCGUCCAGCCGCCGCCGCCGCCCGGGAGUCCCCGGGUACCCGGCUCCUGCUCUUACCUCGGAGAAGGUCCGCAGCGCCGGGCGUCGGACUAUUCCCAGCUCUCCUUGCCUUCCUGUCGGCGCCGCGCCUGCCCCACUCUCUCAGCCCCUUGCCCUGGGCAGCCAGACGAGCGCUCCGCGUCCGCCCCGCCCACGCCUCCCGCCCCGCCCCCUGAGGCUCCGCCUCCAGCCCGCCCCGAGGUGGCGGGGGCAGUGGCAAAGCCGCUGCAGCAGAGCGUGGAGCUCGCGACCGCACGUGGAGCGCCUGCAGGCCCCGCCCCGGGCCCAACCAAGAGUCCCGCGGAGGGGUGCCGCGAGUCAGAGGCGGGAGAAAGCCGAGCUCGCCACGCCUCCGGGGUCCCUGGGGAGGGAGGCGAGCCGCAGAUGGAUGCUAUGUUAGGACCUCAGCCAUCUAGGCUCUUCCCAGCAAAACGGAGACGGAGGCGCGAGGGGACACUGUCAGCUCCCCCCAGUUCUUGCCUAAUGGCCCCCUCUGACACCCGGCCUUCGCUCCCCUGUAUCUCUGCCUCCCGAGCUCAGUCGGGCUGGCCGGGGGCGGCAGUUUGGCCUGAGCUUCGUUUUGGUAAUUCGGAACAACGCAGGGGAGGCCACUGGGCGAGGAGGCGGUCCCAGCGGAGGCGAUUUAGCGAUUCCUUGCUCCCUCCAGUCCUCCUGUCCCGCACCCACCUGCCCAUCAACCACUUGGGACGCCGGUGUUUCGCCGGUUUUAUAUUGGAUGGAGGAGGCCCCGCCGAGGAAGUCAAGCCUUCCCCGCUAACUGUCUCUCCAGGUCUUCAGGGAAGGAGUAGGUUACACCUUUCCAGCCAGCCUGCGCCACUUGGACCAGCUUCUGGGGAUUGGAGACGAGAGAGAAGAACCAGCCUCCAGCUGGCUCCCAGGCCCGUAAGCCACAGAACUACCCGCUCCCCGCGUCGGGGCUUCUACCCUCCUAGGUCUUCUGUUGCCUGCUAAUCCGGUGAGCCCUCGCCAGGGGCGGCAGUAACGCCCACUGGGCCCCUCACUAAGGGAGUGAUGAGGUGCCUCUGGAAGUGACAAGGAGACAAGGAAACAGGACCUGACAAAGGACACUACCCCAAAUCAGAUUUAUGCUAACAUAAGCCAGCUUUAAAAUUGCCCUGCUCUUUUGAUCCAAAAAUAAAGUUACCUGUUGAAGGUAUGCCUCUGUGCCUUGUUUACAUGGCAUAAGAAAUUCCGUUUU